GUGAGGCUUUUGGCAAUAGAAUUAAGAAGAUAUAAGAGACGUGGAGAAAGAAGAACCAAAAGAACCCUUCCAAGGCUGACCGAGUUUAAGCAUAUAUAAAAGAUUCUAGCUAGAUGAUCUCCAAGGUUGUAGAGAUUUUCAAGAUUAUUGCUCUCUCUAGAAUUAGUGACAUCUUCUCUUCGAUGCCAUAAAUUCCUGAACUUUCAGUUCAUGGCCUAAGUCAGACUCGGCCGGCCCCCAAAUUUUUUCUGCUGAUACCAUUCCUUCAACCUCCAAUAACCCUAAAAUACACCAACGGCAGAGAUACAGAAGAAGAAGAAGACCUCUUACCUUAUAAAUGACAUAUAUAUAUGAUUUUUUUAUGUAAAGCUGAGUAAUUUUACUAAUUAUGCUCUCUCUCUCUCUCUCUAUGCUUGUCUAGGGCUCUCAGCUUAUCCAUUCUAUGAUUUCCCUUUUGUAGAAUGACCCUAUUUUGGUAUGCAGCGCUUUGAGGAUCCUCCUACGGGCAUCAGUAGCCUGCUUCUUCAUGAUAUCUGUGGGGUUUCCUACCCACGUUUGUGUCUGAUGUAAUCUGCUUAUUUUCUCCCCUUUUGUCCAAAAAAAAAAGACAAUAAUUCAGCAGUGAAGAGGAUCAGGGUUUCAAGCGAUCCUCAUUUGCACAUUCUCCUUCUCUCUCCAUGAGUAUUGAUCCUCCAUUUCAAGAGACCUGCAAUGCCCUUUUCAAGGGCCCUUUUGUAAGAGCGGAAGAUGAGAAGUUUGUCGUGGUUGAAGAAUGUGAGCUGCCUCUCAUUGAUAUGAAUUGUUUAACUUUGGGACAGAAAGAGAGAGAAAAGUGCAUAAAAAAGAUGGCUGAAGCAGCAAGUGAGUGGGGUUUCUUUCAAGUUGUGAAUCAUGGGAUUUCACAGGAGGUAUUGCAGAGCAUGAUAUAUGAACAAAUUAAGGUAUUUCAUGAGCCCUUGAGCAAGAAGACUGAAGAGAACUUCUUGAAUUUACCAUCAAACAGCUAUCGCUGGGGGAACCCUGAUGCUACUUGUUUGAGGCAAUUCUCGUGGUCAGAAGCUUUGCACAUUUCUCUUGCAGAUAUCUCAAGAAUGGAUGGAUACAAGACUACUCUCAGAUCAACUAUUGAAGCAUUCGCUGGAACAGCUGCCACCUUGGCUCAAAGCUUAGCUGAAAUUUUAGCUCAGAACUUGGGUGUCAAAUCCAAUUACUUCGGAGAAUAUUGUACACCCAACACUAGUUAUCUACGAAUGAACAGAUAUCCUCCAUGUCCAUUCUUCUCUGAUCAGGUCUGUGGUUUGAUGCCUCACACAGACAGUGAUUUCCUCACAAUAAUCUAUCAAGACCAGACUGGAGGAUUGCAACUUAAGAAACAUGGAAGAUGGCUCACUGUUAGACCUAAUCCUCAAUCUGUAAUCAUCAACAUUGGUGACCUAUUCCAGGUGUUGAGCAAUAAUGUUUUCAGAAGCAUGGAACACAGAGUGCUUGCCCCACAACAAGUUGAGAGGUUUUCUGUUGCAUAUUUCUACUGCCCAUCAUAUGAUGCUGUAAUACAGUGCUACGGGAAGCCAGCAAUGUAUAGAAAGUUUAGUUUCAGAGAGUAUAAGCAGCAAAUCCAAAAGGAUGUUCAAGCUACAGGUGAUAAAGUUGGGGUCUCAAGGUUUCUCUUGUAAAAUACAUAUAUAUAUGCGCCUCAUCAUUGCAACAAAACAGAAAUAUUACGAAGAUGAUCAAUAACAAAAAAAGAUUAAAGUUUGGUGGGCAGCCCUGCUAGUGCUGGUCCCCUGAUGAUAAAGACCAAGAAAAGAAAAACACCUUUUAUCUCUCCAGUACAAUUUAUCUCGUGAAGACUAUAGGCAAAGAAAAUGGAAACAUGUACUACACUCGUUUACAUACAGACAUAUUAUGAUUCUCCAAGUACCAA